CAAUCUAAGACCACCAUGGAAAGAGCUCGUAGCAGCAUGACAGAGUUUUGGAAGGAGCACUCCAAGGCCGCCACAGUGGAGGAGAUGAUGCUGGACGCUGGUGCCAGGGAGCUGACCCAGCAUGAGCUGCCCGAGAUCCUCUCCAUGCUGCCCUGCCUGGAUGGAUACAGAGUGCUGGAACUGGGAGCUGGCAUCGGUCGUUACACCAGCCACCUGCUGGCCAGGGCUGGCCAUGUGACUGCUGUCGACUUCAUGGACAGCUUUGUGGAGAGGAACAGGCAGGACAAUGGUCACCAUAGCAACGCUACCUUCAUCCAAGCUGAUGUCACAAAGCUGGACGUCAUCCAAAACAGCAUUGACUUCAUCUUCUCCAACUGGCUGCUGAUGUACCUGAGUGACGAGGAGCUGAAGUCCUUCAUGGAGAAGAUGCUGGGCUGGCUGCGGCCCGGUGGCUUUCUCUUCUUCAGGGAGUCCUGCAACCACCGGUCAGGUGACUCCAAGAGGGACUUCAACCCCACCUGCUACCGCUCUGACACACAAUACAGCCACAUGGUAUCAUCAGUACAAGUGGAGGGGCCAGAGGGGGGCCAGAAGUUUGGUUUUGAGAUGGUGUUAAAAAAGAAAGUUAAGACCUAUAUUGAGAUGAAAAACAAUCCUAAUCAGAUCUGCUGGCUGCUGGAGAAGGUUCCCCACUCCUCGAAUUCCCAGAACGAGUUCAACACCUUCCAGCAGUUCCUGGACAACCAGCAGUACACCCGCCGUGGGAUCCUACGCUACGAGAAGAUGUUUGGGGCUGGUUACAUCAGCACAGGCGGGCCCAGCACCACCAAGGAGUUUGUGGACCUGCUGAACCUGAAGCCCGGACAGAAGGUUCUAGAUGUUGGCUGUGGCAUUGGUGGAGGAGACUUCUACAUGGCUAAGACCUUUGGAGUGGAAGUGCUUGGCCUGGACCUGUCAGACAACAUGGUGGAUAUUGCUAUGGAGCGGGCGAUCACUGAGAAGCUGCCAUUAGUACGUCUAAAUGUUCCCUUAUCCUAUUGGUUUAAACACCAAAGAUAUUGGUUUGAUUAAUGGUUUGUUUGUUUC